AUGAAUACUACCCGAACAGAAUCAGAUAUAUCAGACCCGACACGGGAGGAGAUGUUAUGCAAGAUAAUACGGAGGAGCUUUGAUCUCUUCGAUAAGCUUGGUACGGGCACUGUUGUACCUGAGGAGAUUGGUACGAUAAUGCGGUAUCUUGGCCAAUUCCCUACGGAGACUGAAUUAGUUGAGGUUGUUAUUAGAGAGUUGAAGGAUAAUGCUACCACUGACAACACUACUACUGGCAGCAGCAAACAGUCCAAUAACAACAACAUUACCAAAUCCACUCCUAUUGCUUAUCAUCAUUUUGAGAAGGUCAUGCUGAGAUGCCUUAAGGAGCACGAAUAUGAUCCUGAUGAUAGCGAAACCCUCCUAGAGGCAUUUCAUGUACUAGACCCCGACCGUAAAGGAUGGGUUGAUACAAAUCAGAUGAGGGAUUACCUGGGAUCAGGUCAUACUGGAUUUAGGGAAAAGGAAAUGUCGGAAUUCAUUCAAUUUGCUCGAGAUGGUGGAGAUGAUAGAGAUCCUAAGUAA